GAACAGAAGCGUCUGCAUGAUGAGCCGAACACAAAACAGUGAAGAAGGUGAAAACCCCAGCAGAACCUCCAAGCUGCCAGCAGGGGGAGUAGUUCUGCUGGUUCUGGUCUGCCUGCUGGCUGCUGCUGUUUUUGUCAUCUUCAGACUCUCGUUUGUCAUGCUGGAGACCAGAGAAAGUUUCCAAACCCUGAAAGAGGAGAUUGAAGCUCUGGGGAAAAAUAUCUCAGAACUAAAAUCUUCACAGCAGUCAUCAUGUCCUCCACCUCCUGAAGCAAAAMGUCAAAGAGAUUUGGUGAGAAGACCAGAGUGGGAGAAAUAUCAAGGAAGCCUUUAUUAUUUCUCCACCCAGAUCUUCACUGAUCCGACACGUCUGAAGUGUGAAGCAGGAUGGGAGCCACAUGGAGGAAACUGUUAUUAUUUUAACACGAUGAGAUCCACCUGGACUGAGAGCAGAGAUUCCUGCGUUGAUCUGGGAUCAGACCUGGUGAAGAUCGACAGCAGAGAGGAGCAGGUGUUCCUGAAGGGCAGACUGAGAGGCUUGAUGGUGGACGGUGAGGACAGGUUCUGGAUCGGACUGACGGACUCAGUGGAAGAAGGCAGAUGGUUCUGGGUGGACGGAUCAGAUCUGGAUCAAAGUUUGAGCUUUUGGAAUCCGAAGGAGCCUGAUGACUGGAAAUAUAAGAACCCAGCUGGAGAAGACUGUGUGAGGAUGGGAGACAGAGGAGGAAGUCAUCAUCUGAAGUGUUGGUUUGAUAAAGCCUGUCAUGUUCCUCAUAAAAGUAUCUGUGAGAAACCAGCAGCAACACCAGGUUAUCUCUGUGUCUGAAGUUCAGUUCAGUUUAUAAAACAAUCUGCAGAGAUUCUGGUUCUAUAAACAUUUAAACUUUUCUUCCAGCUAAAACAUCAAAUUCUCCUUUUUAAUGAUUAUUUCUAUCAGCUUUAGUUAUUCUCUGGUCUGCAGCAGCAGCAGACCACCAAGAGAAAAACUCUGAGUUACCAAAUAUUAUCAGCUUCCAGCAGCUGCUGUUGUAACUGUGAGGAUUAUGAAUAAAUAAACUACAGAACUGAGA